AUGGACGAUGAGGAGAUUGAUGACGAUGAAGAUUUCCACCAUGUGGAGGCCCAGGAUGAGCAUGUGCACAGACAGACGCUGGACAGGGAAUGCGGCACGUGGGACGUCCCACAUUUGCUGGGCCUCCAGGAGAUCAAAUCUAGUUUGCUGUGUGAGCCGAUUCUCUCGGAGAGCAGCAGAUUACUCACCGUGAGCCAGAUCCAGCAGCUACGUCAGCACCUACCUGCUGCGCUGAUACUCAACGGGUGGACGAUGGUGUAUCAGACACACACACACGGCAGCAGCCUGAAUACACUGUACAGGACGGCCAGCCCACUGGAUCACUGCAUGGUGCUACUAGUCCGAGACUCCUACAGACAGGUGUUUGGUGCAGUGUGCUCCGCCCCCCUCAGAAUAAGCUCCUCCUACUAUGGCACGGGACAGACCUUCCUGUUCGCUUUUUCUCCACAUCUACAAGUUUACAAAUGGACAGGCAUCAAUUCCUACUUUCUUAAAGGAAACAAUGACUCUUUUUUGUUUGGAGGUGGACGGGGGAAGUUUGGGCUCUGGCUGCAUGGGGAUCUAGUCCGUGGUCGGAGCCAACAGUGCGACACCUUUAGUAACGAGACCCUUUCUGCUGUGGAGGAUUUCCUGAUCAGUGAGCUGGAGGUCUGGGCUCUUGUCUAA